AUGUACUCACAUUCUCAAAGAGCUAACUGGUUCCAGAUAACACUUUCCAGAACACUCCAGCAAUUUGGUAUAAGGGACCAAGGUUUGGCGUCCUUAAGGAAUCUUGGAGUAGCAGCACAUCCCCGUACAGUCAAGGCUGCAACACAAUCGUCUGCUGCUUUUCAUUUAGAUAAUGUUACCAGUUUCUUUCAGGAAGUGGUGGAAAAUGAACAUUUUCUUGUGUUCUGCAUAGAUGACUACCAUAACAUUCACACAGAACAUCAUCCUGAAGCAAAAACACAAACACAAGCAGUUCAUAUGAGCAUGUUGUUAGUAAAAGUGUUCCCAAAUGUUAAAACCAUCUUGAAGGAAGGUCUUCACACACCUUUGUUACCCCCCACUCCAGUUCAGCCUGAACAGUUGUAUCGACAAAUUCACAGAUUGUUAGCAAUAUGGCUGGUCUAUCACAGAGCUAUGCCACAAAUAUGCCAGAUUGGGUGCUAG